AUGGGGUUUGAACAUAUUUGUGUCGAUUCCUGCCUUUGCCAUUAAUUAAAAAUGAACCCAAAAAAUUUAAAUUCCGUAGAAGGUGAGAGGACACUCUUUUGCCAAUUGACAACAAAUCCCAGAGAAAUUAGAAGAGAAGCAACCAAACGAAUGUUUCUAGAACACUCGUCAAUGGUCCCAAAACCAAAAAGUCAUCCAGAUAAAUUACGCAGGAAAAUCGUAAAUAUUUUCUGUGGUCACGAUGAACUGCUAGCAUAUAGUAGGCGUCUUUCAAGUCUAGCGUGGCUCCAUAGUUGCCACGAUGCACUAACUUACUUGCUGUUCGGGCGUACCAUCCGGCGGAUCUCGUAGGCGGGGCCAGAAGGUGUUCAUGUUGCAUGCACACGUGUUCCCUCGCCAGAGUCCGUGUGGCGUUCCCCUGUAUCCGCAUAGCCCCACGGUACCCCAUGGGUGUUUAGGCGUUAGGC